AUGUUGGAGAACAUGAAAGCAGAACCCCUGCACCUCUGCCACCGGCUGGACAAGGAGACCACGGGCGUGAUGGUGCUGGCACGGAGCAGGGAGGCAGCAGACAGGAUCCGACUUCUCUUCAAGACUCGUCAGGUGGAGAAGAUCUACUGGGCAAUCAGCCUGGGGGAGCCAGACCCCAGUGAGGGCAUCGUGGACAUCCCCAUCGUGGAGAAGGAGGUGGAGAGCCACCAGUCGCACUACAAGAGGACGCUGGCCCCCAGCUACCGCCUGUCUCCGGAGGACGGGAAGGAGGUGAGAAUCCGGAAGAAGCGGAAUGCUGAGAGCGCCGUGACGCGGUACCGGCUCCAGCUCGCUGCUGGAGCUCCAGCCCAUCACCG